AUGCUUCCCUUUUUUGUUGCUUCAGCAACGCUCUUCAUUCUUUCGACUUCAUCUUUGAAAUGUUACGAAGGUAACCCCUCCAACUAAACUAUGUCUGUUACCUAACAGUUAAGGCUCUCGAGGAGUAGUCAACGGUGAAGACUCAACUAACUUUGUUGAGAAUCUCUGCGAUGACAACAUGACGUACUGUUUUGAGUCUUACAAUUCCAACCUGACCGAAGUCACAGCAAGUUGUCAGAGCAUGGGUACCGACCAGAAACUAUUAGAAGUCUGUAAAGUACGUACUAGUUCAACAGAUAACAAACGGACGGAAAUUAUACCGAUAGUUGUUUUCAGAUGAAUGGAAAGUGCAAGGAAAGAAAUGACAUUGACGUCACAGUGUGCUGUUGCAAUUCAGACCUCUGUAACCUCCAGGACGAUUUAAAGCCGACGCCUGAACUACCUGUUGAUCUUCCAGAAGACAACAAUUCCACGCUUUCAACGACCGAUCGGUUUGUGAAAGUGAACGAGACAAUGGGGUUAGAGUUAGAACUGAAUGCGACUAUGGGUCUCUAG